UGGGACUCCGCUUCCAGCGUGACGUCACUUUUUGCCGCUAAACUCGAGUUGUGCUGCUGUUGCUCUGUGGGGGUUUUUCUUUCUUUUCGGCGGCUUUUUUGUUUUUCGUGGCAUUUUGUUAUAAUUUCUGUUUCUGGCACGAGUUGUGUAAAUGACAGUCGCAGCGCUGAGAUGAAGGUUUUAUGAGCCCGUGUGUUUAUAUAUAAAGAUAAGGGUUUAUGCGGGAAUAACGGUCACUUCAGGACACUGUGGUUAGCUGAGAUUAGCCGCGCGCGCAGCUGUGUAUAAAGAUGGGGAUUCAGGGGCUGCUGCAGUUCCUAAAGGAGGCUUCAGAACCGGUCCAUGUGCAGAAGUACCGCGGAAAAACCGUGGCUGUGGAUACCUACUGCUGGCUGCACAAAGGAGCUUUCUCAUGCGCCGAGAGACUGGCGAAAGGAGAACCUACUGACCAGUACGUGUCGUUCUGUAUGAAGUUAGUGGACAUGCUCCUGUCCUAUGGUGUGAAGCCGCUGCUGGUGUUUGAUGGACGGAACCUUCCAUCGAAACAGGAAGUGGAGAAAGCUCGCCGAGAGCGUCGGCAGGCCAACCUGCAGAAAGGGAAGCAGCUGCUGAGAGAGGGGAAAGUGACUGAGGCUCGAGAAUGUUUCACACGCUGCGUUAACGUCACACACUCAAUGGCACACCAGGUCAUCAAGGCGGCGAGGGCACGUGGCGUGGACUGUUUGGUGGCUCCAUAUGAAGCUGAUGCUCAGUUGGCGUUCCUGAAUAAAUCUGGAAUGGCUGAGGCCGUCAUCACAGAGGACUCAGACCUUCUGGCGUUCGGCUGUAAAAAGGUGAUCUUGAAGAUGGAUAAACAGGGAAAUGGUCUGGAGAUAUCUCAGUGCCACCUGGGCCGCUGUCGCUCCCUGGGAGACGUCUUCACCGAGGAGAAGUUUCGCUACAUGUGCAUCCUGUCAGGGUGUGAUUACCUUUCAUCGCUCUACGGCAUCGGCUUGGGGAAAGCGUGCAAGCUGCUCAAGAUAGCCAACAAUCCUGAUAUCCUCACGGUAAUCAGGAAGAUCGGUCAAUACCUGAAGAUGAACAUCACUGUACCUGACGAGUACAUCGAUGGAUUUACGAAGGCCAACAACACGUUCCUAUAUCAGCUCGUCUUCGACCCCAUCAACAGGAAAGUAGUUCCUCUGAACCCUUACCCAGACAAGCUUGACCCCAGCACGCUCAGCUACGCCGGAGUGAACGUCGGCGAUAAGCAAGGACUGCAGAUGGCUUUGGGUAACGUGAACAUCCAUACAAUGGAGAAGAUUGAUGAUUUCAACCCUGACGCUCCUGUAACACAACCUGUAAAAGCCCCUCGUAGUCGAGGCUGGGGCGACACCGCACCCCUCACUGCCUCACCCAGGGUCAGUAUCUGGAGCAGAGGUUAUGUUCCUGGUAGUGUCCAACCCCAGACUCCAUCAUCUCCUCAGAGACCUCCUCAAACCCGAGGCAAGGACGCAGUCGUGACCCUGCACGGGCUCAAACUUCCCAACAGAGAAGCUCAGGUCAAGAGACCACGGCAAGACUCCACUGUCUCAGACAUGGAUGUGCUUGAGCUGUACUCCUCCAACAUCAAGAAACAGCGCACAGUAACCUCGGAAACCAAGAACAGCAUUACCAAGAAGACAAACCAUUUCCAAAGAGAGCAUCCUCGACCACGGAACCGAUUUGCCACACUGCUGCAGUGGAGGAACCAACCAGAGGAGGGCGAUGGAGAGCCUGAAGGGGGAACACGUAGCAGGUUUUUUGCGAGUCUGGAUUGCAGUGUCUCCCAGUCUAACGACUUUAAAGAAGAAUCAGAAGACUGUGAGAAAUCAGACCACCCCCCCUCGAUACCAGGAGAAACGCACAGCGCAGAGACGCCGUCACCACCACAGUGCACCAGACCGAGCGCCUUCAGCUGGUCCGGCAGCUCCACAGAAACCUCCAGACCCAGAUCGUCAUUGUCAGACCAACCCCGAACUCCCAGCAUGCCCUCGGGCCUGUCUGUCCUGCAGCAGUUCCAGAGAAAGAAGGAGAACCUGAGCAGGGGACAGAGCGAAUCUCCUCAGCGAUCUACACCCUGCUCUCCUACAGAGGGCGCUGUCGAUAUUCAAACACCUCCCGCUUCUCCUCCGUCUCAGGACAGUGCGUAUUUCUCUCAGCCCAGCAGCAUCCUCUCCACCACUGACGACUCCACCACCACCACCACCAGCAGCACCAGCAGCACCACCAGCAGCACCAGCAGCACCACCAGCAGCAGCAGCAGCAGCAGCAGCUCUCACAGUGUAACAGCUUCCCCUCAAACGGAGGAGGAUCUGUGGAGGGAUUCCGGAUCUCCUGUGAACCUCAGUCAGGGGUCUGUGAUUGAGGAGGUCAGAUCUACACCCAGCAGGACGAAGGUGUCUGGUUUGUCCCGACUCCGUCCCAGUGAGCAGAAGAAGGGCAGUAAGAUCUGCCCCUCUGCCCCGGCCAGGGUGAGUGGAUUGAGGAAAAAGGCUCAGGGGAAGAAGAUGGCUGUCAGUAAUGAGAACAGUCCGGGACUGCAGGCCACCAUCAGCGGUCUGUGGAAGAACUUCAGCUUCAACAAGGAGAACCCGAAGUUAAACCCCUGUAAGAAAGGAGAACCCAUGUCUCCUGUGAAGGACAACAUGCAGUGAUAAGAACAUGACAUCAUCAGGACGAGCGAGCAUCACUCAGCAUUCUCUCUCUCUCUCUCUCUCUCUCUCUCUCCAUUAGUGUAGCUAUAGAUGAUUUUAUAUUUUAUUGCAAUUUAAUAAUGAAAUAAAAUCCCUAUAAAACCUUCUUAGUCACUUUUCUUUUUCCGCCUGUGUGGGCGUGGCCUGUGUGGGCGUAGUAAGAGUUCUCAGUAGUGUUCUGUGGGCUCAGCACGACGCUGGUGCCGCAUUCCUUCUGGAUGAACAGACCAUCUUUCUGAGGUUUUCUGAUCGGAGGUCUGGAAUGAAAACCUGAAGUCAAAAAAUGUUAAUUCAGCUAAUAACAACGCUAACAGUCCGGUGUGAGGCCACUGAAUUCCUGACAUGGCGAAUAAAGUAGUGCUAACUGAAA